UACUCAUAAGGCUUAGUCAAGAAACCUCAUAGUAGUCAUGGAGAUGGAAAAGGGUAGUAAGAAAUCCAAGAGACGGAAGAAGAUCGAGAUCAAGCCGAUCGAGAAAGAAGGAGCGCGUCAGGCAUGCUUCUCCAAGCGCCGGCAGGGCCUGUUCAAGAAGGCUAGCGAGCUCUCUAUUCUCUGUGGUGCCAUGGUUGCCGCUGUGGUGUUUUCAGCCUCUGGUAGGUCCUUCUCCUUUGGCCAUCCCUCCUUUGAUGAUGUUGUGAACAGAUUCCUCAACCCGGUCGCUACCGAUGCGCCUGCGCCGGGCGGUGCAAGCCAUGGUAAUGAGGGGUCCGUGACAGAUGGUGUCAGUAAGCUGAACAUGGAGUACUUAGAGUUGGAGCAGUCGCUGGAGGCUGAAAAGAAGAGGAAGGAGAGGUUGCAAGAGGCAACCGAGAAGGAGAUGGGUGGACGCGUGAUGCAGUGGCUGAAUGCUAAUAUCUUUGAGUUAGGUCUAGAUGAGCUGCUGGAGUUCCAGACGAAGCUGGAAGAAAUACAAGCUAUUGUCAAAGAGAAGGUCAAUGAGGUGAUGGUUGAAGGAAGGCAAACUCCAAGGUCACUGCCACAGCCACCUAUGGAGGUAGCUUCGACCUCCCAGAGUGCCAAUCCCAAUCCUAUGGCUUCCUCCUCAGCUCCGAGUUCAAGCAUUGCUCUGAUUGAUGGAUUUCAAGUCAACGAUGAUCCCUUGCUUAGUGGUGGUGUCGUCCAUGGGGUUGGUGGCCUGGGGAAUUUCCCCAACAAACCAAAAUCUUGGUUGAUUGCUACAAAUUUAAUAUGUUAUGAAUUGUAUGAUCAUCAGUCCUACAUGCAUGUACUGAUCAUUUACAAUAGGGCACAAGUGUUGUGUACCUUCAUUUCUGAUGUUGUAUCUGUGUCACCAAAAGAUAUCUAUGACUUGUUGUCAAGAUGUAAUCUAGGGAGUUGUUACCCUUGGAACUCUAUGUAAAACUUUCUCAUAUGUAUGGUACACU